CUGAAGAACGACCAGGGAAAGCAAACUCGACAGAAACGUCAAAUUGCCACAUACGCCACCCUCUGGCCGAACAAGAAACUAUUCUACUACUUUGACGCCACUAUAACCGCUGAAAAUCAAGCAUACGUAAGAAAACAGCUAAAGUAUCUGAGUGAUCGAACUUGUAUCACAUUUACGGAAUCUUCCACGGUGACAAAUCGUGUAAAGGUGUUCGAUGGCACAGGAUGUUUCGGAGCGAUGGGAAUGACAGGAGGCGAACAGACGCUAUCAUUGGCUAAUAGAUGCUUCGUUGUAAGUAGGGACUGUGGCUCACGAAUUCAUGCACGCUCUCGGUGCAGUGCACAUGCAUGCGCGACAUGA